UGGUUGUUUACAGAGCCUUCUUGUUACAGAGCAAGAAGAAUAAUUAUUCUUGUUACAGAGUAAAUCGGCUGCCAAAAAAAAUUGUGUUUUUGUUUUUCACUUUUGUCCAUGGACGAAACGAUGGUGCUUGCGGGGACCCCACCUGCAUCACGAAGCAGACGGGACCCGUGGAAACUUUCGCCCAUCCCACCCUUAUCGCCGCCACUGUUGCUCUUCCAUCCCCAUCCACCGCCUGCGUUUUCGCGACUCACCAAAAAAGUGAUCGAUUGGAAUGACCAAGGGUUAACUUCGGUGCCAAAAAGUCUGCAGCACGUGUUGGAUUCAGAAGUUCUAGAGGCUCGGCGCAACAGGUUGGAAUUCCUGAACGUCCGGCUGAAAACGCUGACCAACUUGGUGUGGGUCGAUUUGCGGCACAACUCGUUCCAGACCGUCCCUGUCGCAAUUCUGGGCCUUCCGCGGCUGCAGCACUUGGACCUGAGCCACAACAAGCUGGUGCACGCCGAGUGCACUUGUCCGGCGUGGCUUGGCUCUAUCGAAACUGUCCUGCUCGACCACAAUUGUCUGACCGGCCUGCCCGGCUGGUUCAUCAACGCUCCAAGACUCACCCUCUUGUCCCUCAACCACAACUGCAUGAACUUUGAAAUUCCUUCACUCACGCAGCGCUUUUUUAUUUUGUCCGGAUACAAGUCAAUUGCACCUCUGCAGAGCAACUUGAAGGCUUUGAAUCUGCAGAACUGUGGACUCACUAGCCUCCCGUUGGGUUUGCGUCUCAUGAAGAAAAUCACACACUUAAAUCUGGGCAACGAAGACACUUCCGUUUCAAAAUGUGGAGAAAAUGUCAACAGCAGUCCUGAAAUUGGCUUUGCAUUGAGCAGCACCUUGGAAGUCCUCGAUUUGCGAAAUUUGGGUCUGUGGAAACUUCCUGACAAACUUGACCACCUGACGAGUCUUCGGAUCAUUAUUUUGCGGGGAAAUUUCUUCAGUUUCCUGCCCGAAAGCUUCACACAAAUGGACGCAUUGGAGUGGGUUGAUCUUUCAAAAUGCUGCCUCACAGAUUUGCCUUUGGCAAUGGGAAAGUUGUGGCGCCUACGUUGCCUCAAAUUGUCCAGAAACAAGGUUUCCUUCCUCCCUGCAUCAAUGUCGGAUUUGGAGAACUUGGAGAUUUUAGAUUUGUAUCAAAAUUGUCUUGAUCACUUUCCUAGCCAACUUUUUUCUCUUCCAAAGCUUAAAAAAUUGGAUUGUGAAAUGAAUUUCUUCAGCACCACUCAGGAUGCCGAGUUUUCAAGUAAAUAUAAUGAACUUCUGGAAAAUUAUCGAAAGUCUUGUGUUGAAAAUCGUCUUGUGGGCCCGGCUGUUGAUAAAAAGCCAUUUGAAAAGUUUGGUUCUCAGUCGGAUGAAAAUGAAUGUUAUAUCGGAGCUGCGUUUUCUUUUGAGAGCGAUUUUGACGACGAAAGCUACAAAGGAAGGUACGAGGUCGCUUGUGCUGAUGAGAUGUGGGACUCAUCCAGUGACGAAAGUGAUUUCAAGUUCAAUCCUAAACUAUGCACUGCUGGAAGAAUUGAAAGAACUGAUGACUUGUGGGUGAAUAAGGAGGAGUUUAGGACUUUGCCUAAACUAGACUUGCCCAGUGAGCCAGGUCAAUUUGACGAUGCAAGCUUUUCAUCUGGAGAGGACGAUUAAGGUCAGCAUUUAAUUUUUAAGAGUUUGGAUGAAACAUCUAUUUAUUUUCAAAAAUAAAGAGACUGCCUGCUUUAUAAUUCAUAGUUUCGCUUUCUUUUGAAACGGUAAAUAGUCUUUUUUUCUAGUAAUUGGAUUAUAGAUCUUCUUCCCUUACCAAAAUUUAUCCAAUUUUGAAUCAAAUUCACUAACUUGUUUUUAAAUGUGACAAAGUUGUCAAUUUCAAAUCGCUAAUUGAACAUUAUAGGCGAUUUUCAUUGUUUUGAAAUUUUAAAUCUAUUUUUGUUAAAAAAAAAAUUGUCACCUGAUAUGUAAAACGACAUUGAAAACCUGACUUGGUUUUUGUAUUGGUCUGUUACCAUUUUCUUUUUUAAAGGGGCGAGCGACAAUUUUUGCUGAAUAAGAGAUUCAGAUUUGAAAAAUAUAAUGCGGUGACCCAACGUUUUCUGGCUGUAGAUCGAUCCAUGUAUGGUCUUUCCUAAAAAUUUUUUCCAAGGUUCGAAUCCACCCUUUAAAAAAUAACAUUUUUCUAUUAAAUUGCUUGCUCUGCGCGUAUGCAAUCUGUUAGACAGAUACUCAUUUGUUUAAAAUUUUGUUACAAAUUAUAAGAUAAUAGCAAAACGAGCUAGUGAAAGGAUUUGAAAUGAUCAGUCUCACUGCAUGCUCAUGCAAGCUGCUUUAUAUAUAAUAUAAUGAAUGAAUGGCUCCACAUCAAACGUUAUAAAUUGAAGCUGGAAAACAAAAUAAUCGCGGCAACAUGAUAUUCAUUGAAAACUAUUUAUGGUGAUGGUCAUUAAUUCAAUAAAGUAAAAUGCUCUAUUGAAUUUUGCUUAAGUGGCAGUGAAAAGCGCCAAUCUCGUAAUCAGACCGUGUGCGCGGGAA